AUGGCCCUUGCUCCACCAGAGCUCAGUUAUUCGAUGGUAUAGGGUUGAGAGAAGAAGUGAGCGAGAGCCUUCCUUUGAUUAACUUCGUAGAUUCAACACAGGACUUCACAGUUCUCCCACCCACCCCCCGGGAUUAAGAACUGCGGCCCCCUAAUCUGUGCCUCGGUUUGUUCGGAUAUCUCAUCACCUUCACCAGUCGAGAGGUAUUUUUCAAGAAAAUAAGAGCAAGUCAUCCGCGCAUAUCUGAAUAACACGUUAAGAAGGAAAGUCCUUCAAGGGAGGACAGGCCCCAUUUCAUUUCUAGUCCGAUCGAAGCCAUUUUGGUUGGAGAAAAGGAUUGGCUUUCAGGACGUCGGGUUCAUUUCUUCAGGCGGAACAAAUGGCGGAAACAUUCCCGAAAAUAAGAAUCGCUUAAGCCGAUAUCGCUCAAGAGAAUAGAUCUAAUUCGUCCGUGACGUUAGGAGCAUCAUUGGGCAGGCUAGGUUUUUUUUUCUAAACAUAGACCUAAAAAUCAAGCCUGGAAAAUAAAAAUAAGAUUUGGCAUGAUUCAGCGCGGUUCUUCCCAGAGCUGAAUCCAGAUUUUCUAAGUCCAGCGCCUGUUGUACGUGUCAUGUACCCGUCGUGCUGAUUCGGGCCAAUCGACCAGGGUCCGGGCUACACUGUUGCUCAAAGCCUAUUCUCCAGACUUUUGUCUGAGAGUCUGACUCGGCCGCAAGUACUAGAAUUAGAUGAAUGGCACCCCAUGCACAACCCAACCUAA